CCCCACCCUGCCAAAUCCUCUGCUCUCAGGGGACACUGUGUUCUCCCUCCUGGAUGAUGGCUGAUGCUUUGGUUCAGAGUUGGGGACGCUUUGGGGUCUUCUUCCAAGUCCCCAGGGCCCCCGGCUGGAGACACAGCCCAGCCUUCACCAAUUUCCUGUCUUUUGGUCCCAAGACUAUCUGGUUACUUCCAACACCCCAUGCAGAUUUCAACACAGAACUCACAGAAUCCAAACGUCUACGGCCUUGGGGCUGCUCUGCAGUCCAGGGGGGUCAGCUGUGCCUCUCUCUAGCAAAGGAGAUGACCUCGACACCCCAUAACUUGUGGGGUCCCCAUCACCACGAAAUCCUAAAAGCACCUAGGAAUUCCCAGGCUCCUGGGAAGAGUCUGGGGUGAGAGCAGGGUUGGGGUGAGAGCAUGAGGGCUUCUGGGAUGCAGGGCUGUGUGGGGAGGAUCUGACACAGGACUCUGCCCACCUGUCCUGUGACAUCCACCUUCCUCUGCAGGCCAGUCCGGCUCCUGGGCUCUGUCUGUAUCCUCCCCCCAUGCAGCCUCCUUUCCACGAGAAGCCAGCACAGUCAGAGUUUGCAACAGGUCUAGCCAGGUCCCCUGCAGUAGCUGAGGGGGCAUCAGAUGGCAUCCACAGUGGGUGGCAGGGCUCGGCAGAGUGUCACCAGGUCCCUGAGGCCAGGACUGUUGGAUCUGAGGGGAAGAUAAUGGAUGUGGGGUGGGGAGUCUUCCACAGGGAAGGGUUAAGAUACAAAAGCUGCAUCUGCCGACAGACAGACAGCUCUUGCAUCCAGCUCCUGCAUUCCGUCAGUUCCUUCAGAAUUGCAAGUAGCUCGCUUGAACAGUGUAUUGUUUGCGACCCAAACUGGGGCCUUCCCCCACGGCACUGAAGGAAGCUUGGUCUGUGGCCUAGUUCUCUGCCUCUGUCUAGAAUAAAUAUGGGGGUGGGGGGGUGGGUAGAUAAGCCUAAUGGCUAUGCAAAGUGCCUCAUGCCUGAGGCUCUGAAGUUCCAGAUUUAAUCUCCUGCACCACCAGAAAGAAGCCAGAGCUGAUCAGUGCUCUGGUAAAAAUGACCAAACAAGUAUGGAGAAGUUAGGACCUCUUCUGGGCUCUGUUCUUGGAGGAGGUUUGAGCAACUGUGGUCCUUGAGGUUGGAGGACCCAGAGGCCUCACAGGCUUCUGGCUCUGCUCAGCCUGGGACACUGGGACACUGGGACAGUGCCAGUUACUGUGGAGAUGGGCAGGCGGAGUGGGGGCAGAGGUCACAAUGGUGCCUCUGUGCCCUGUGGGCCACCCCAGCCCUGUACCCCAACUCUUCCCAGGAGCCUGUUGGAAUUUCCAAGUGCUUUUAGGAUUUUGUGGUGAUGGGGGUCCUACAAAUUAUGGGGUGUCAAGGUCAUCUCCUCUGCUAGAGAGAGGCAUGGAUGGCCCCCCCAGACUUCAGAGCAGCCCCAAGGUCCUAGACUUUUGGUUUCUGUGAGUUCUGCUUCUGCUGGACAGCCUGGAACUGAUAGGGAGCUCCUCCCUGAUCCUCGGUUUCCCUUUCUGUGAAACAACUGGCUGCUGAGGCCUCUCAGGAGGGUCAGGAGAGAAGCUGCAGGUGCCACCCUCCUUCCCACCUGGAGCUCACAGGAGGGUGGUGGGACAGUACCAGAGAACAUGGACACCCACCGGGAGAUUGACCUGAGAUACUCCUGGGACCAGAACGGAGACCUUCAGGCUCUGCUACAAGAGCUCUUCCAGCUCCAGGCCAAGCAGAGGAGGCUGGAGAGAGCGGUGGAGGGGCACCAGUGCUUUGAAGACUAUCUGAACCGGGUCCUGGAGGCAGCCCCCAAGGGCUGCCAGCAAGCAGGGGACCCAGGGGAGCUGCGGGUAGAGGCCCUGGUGGACUAUUACGAAAGGCUCCUCACAGCCAGCUGGGAUGCCCAGAAGCAUCUAGAACUCUUCUCCAAGAUGAGCCAGGCUGCCCACCAGUGCCUGGAGUCUCUAGAGCAGACCCACAGGACUCUGAUCCCGAACCUCAAGACCCAGUUGUGUCAGCUGCAGAAGAAGUGUCACCUCAGGCAGGGGCGGUGGUGGCAGCUGGAACAUGGUCCCACCUCCCAGAAAGACAUGUGCAGCAGCAGCGCUGGGGGCAAGGCUGCAGCAGCUGACAAGCCUGGAGCCCUGGGAGCCAGGAGUCCAGGGGUCCUGUGGGUCCCCUGCUGGCAACUGCCCCAGGACCAGCUGCUGCACUACGUGCGCGCAGCCAUCUGCCACAUGGCGGGGCGCUGCGGGUCCUCUGCCCACGCUGCUGCUGAGGCCACGGACGUCUUCUCCAAGCUGGACCUGAUUCAGGAAUUCAUGCUGGACAAAACGGAGACGCUGAGACUGGCCUCUCAGGUCGUGGACUGCAGCCCAGGGCACAGCCCCAAGGACCAAACACUUCAAAGUCACCCCAGACCCUUCAGGAAACACAGAAAGAGAGCAGGCCUUGCCUCUCGGGCCCCUUUACCCGGCACCCGGAGCUCAGAGCCCUCAGGCCCGCUGUGACACGGCUCCGAGCAACAUGACUGUCUCUCCUCCUCAGCCUCCUUUUUCCUCCACCAGUGCCAGAUGGGGCGGGGGCAGGACUCUUGGGCAGCUGAGGUUGGGGGUGCUGCUCCCCAAACUGGAGGAAUUAGCAGGGCUCCUGCCUGGUGAAGCCUGUCUGGGACAUGGAGAGGGAGGUGCUUAAGUUAGAGUGACAACCCAGAGGAAAGUCCUGGGUUCGAGACUGCACCCAGGAGCUGGGGCUACGCUCUCACUAGGUUUGUUGUGAGGAGGAGCCGUGGGCAGAGGCCUGGCUGUUGUGAAAGUCCCUGUCCUGGCUUCCCCCAAAGCCUUAGGGUGUGGGGGAGCUGCUCGCCUAUUCAGAGUACAGCAGAGCAGACAAGGCUCCGCAUGUGGGGCCAAGACACUGGUGCAGGAGAGCAGAGCCACAGGAGAAGGAGCAGGUAGAAGUGGAGGGGAAGCCUGGGCACAGAUCUUAGGAGUGUCUCUGGUGCAUUCCAGGAGCUGGGACUGCCUUGAGAGGGCUUGCUGGGGGCAGAUGCCCAGAGACUGCUUUUUAGAUCCAGGAAUAAGGGGGUGAGUGGGGUACAGGGGCCUGCAGGUUGGGGUAGGCUGGCUGUGGGUGUUAGGAAACAGAGGGUCUAGGGUGCACACAGGUGCUAGCUGGAUAGAUGGGGUGAGGGCACCAGAGCACAGCCUGGACUCACUGAGCAGAACUCCAGGUUCUGUGAACCUCAAAAUACCACCCGCAGGACAUGAAAAGUAGACCCUCUCCCGGUUCUGAAAUCCCUGGAAACUCUCAAGACCUCUCAAGAGUGGAGCUCAGAGAAACCAGGCUUAGGAGGGGGUGGAAGAAGCUUCUAGAAACCUGAGAUGCGUUUAUAGUCGACGGGGUGUGUGUGUGUGUGUGUGUGUGUGUGUGUGUGUGUGUGUGUGUGUGUCUGACUAAAGCAGGGGUAGCACAGACAGGGAGCAGCAUCCUGGACUGUGUGCUUGGCUUGGUCUUUGCAAGCAGGAAACAGGAUCUUUGCCCAAGAACCAGAUAUCUGAAACAGCAUGAAGAGUCCACUCGUGAACUGUCAACUGGAAUGCGGACAUGCAGAGAUCAUUGGCCUCACUCGUGCGCAAGAGCCAUGUCCCUCACUUGCUUUCUCUCCCAGUAGAUAUGUUUAAGGGAACUUUCUAGAAGCUUCCAUCACUUUGCUUUGUUUUGCAAUGUUAGGGCCUCACACAUGUGCUUCUACUACUUUUUUUUUUCUGUUUUCAUUUCAGAAAGGGUUGGGGAGAGACUGGGGGAGGAGAUACCACAGCACUGCCCCUCCCCACCCCAGGAAGCACCACCGGAGUGUGCUGCUAGCCCAGGGCCUCUGGUAAGGUGUGCUACCUCCCUGCACCCAGAAACUUCAGUCAGGAGAAGUAACCUAAGGUGCAGCCAUUCAGACUUGAACUCUGACAUCCGUUUGCUGUGUGGCCUUCAGCCAGGUCUGCACCUCUCUGAGCUGAGGUUCAGUCGCCCUGAAGAGACCCUGCCUCCAGCCAAGUGGACAUGCAGCUGCUUCUCUCUGACUGACCACACGCCGUGAUAUCACCUAUUUACCCCUUGCUGGGGGAGGAGUAAAAAUCAGUCCAUCGGCUAGGUGGCAGAAUUCUGCCUAGAACCCUUCUGUGAGGGAAUGAAGAAGUGAGCCGCCA